AUGAAGUUCUUAAGCCACCUACUUCUCAUCUCGACAGUCGGGCUCCAACAUGCUUUGGCUCGCACUGCGUCCGCUGCCAAAGAGGAGCCCAUGCUUCCAAUCUAUGACCCCUUCUACGUACCACCCACUGAGGUUGAUGGCGUUCCCUGGAAUGAGUCAGCUCGAGGGACGAUUCUAAAUAGACGUGAAGUCAACAUUUCCACUGUCAUCUUUCCCGGGAAGAGUAAAGCGACAGCGUAUCAACUACUAUAUCAUACUCGAGACGUGCACAACAAUUCCGAUGCUUCCGUCACUACAAUAAUUGUUCCUGCUAAACCCAUUAUGAACCGAGUUAUCUCUCUCCAGAACGCAUACGAUUCCCCCGAUGUCAACUGCAAUCCCUCCUAUGGUCUCCAAUACGGGGCAAAGGGUUGGAGUGCCCAAUGGAAUAAGGUUAACCUGUUGUUCAUUAUGCCAUAUCUGCAAGAAGGUCCAAUUCUCAACAUCCCGGAUUAUGAGGGUUCCAAUGCUGCCUUUGGCGUGGGGCCACAAAGUGCCUACCAGACUCUGGAUUCCAUCCGUGCUGCUAUGGCAUCCACAGACUAUACUGGUAUCGAGGAAGAGGCUAAAGUUAUUAUGUUUGGGUAUUCUGGUGGUGCGUUGGCGACAGAGUGGGCCACCGAGUUCAAAUCAUCGUAUGCCAACGAUCUCCCCAUCAUUGGUGCUGUAAUGGGUGGUCCACCCACGAACAUCUCUCAAACAUAUCUCAAUGUCAAUGGAGAGAAGCUCGCCGGGCUAGAUGUCUGGGCCGUGCUCGGAAUCAUGAAUGCAUAUCCCGAGAUGAAUCAAUGGAUGCGCGAUGAUCUUCGAACCGACGAAUACCAAGAUAAGAAGUUCCUGCUUGAACUCAGCAGUUGCUCCUACGAGGGCAAACUCGCGGAAGAUACAGAUUUCACCAACAUUUCCUCGUGGUUCAAAAGUGGCGAUCACUUUUUGGAGAGGUAUAAGGAUCUCAUUAAGGAAAUUGGCUGGAUGGGACAAGGACUCACUGAAGAAAGUAAUCCUGGUUACCCUCUUUACAUCUUUUAUGGAACUAAAGAUGAAGUCACUGCGCCACUUGGAGCUACUCAAGAUCUAAUCAAGCGUUGGAAAAAGGAAGGUAAGGCCACCGUGUGGGACGUACCAUUGCUUGGUUUUGAUCAUAUGUCUGCUGUAUUGCCCGGGGUAGCCUUGGCUAUCCCAUGGAUUAACACGCGAUUCAAAAACGUUGAAGAUGGUGUCAAAGACGACAUGUACCCUGAAGGGAUGAUAUUUGGAGGACUCGAAGGGUCGCAGCAGGUGUCAAUCGAUGCCUCGAUGUCUGAUUUCUACCGCCAGAGCGGUAAAGUGGACUUGUAG